GUCGACAUUUUUCAGUUGGAGGCUUUGAUAAUAUUGACCUUUGAGUUUGAAAAGGUGAAAGAGAUGAGUAAGGGUGAAAAGGAAAUCGAGAAGACGCCGACGACUAAGCGAUUGCCGAGAAGGUCUUUGUGGACGGCAGCAUUGGUCGCGGCGUUGAUCGCUGUAUUGUUGGCGACGGCAGUGAGGACAGAAGUUACGACGGCGCUGAAGGCGGCCUUGAAGACGGCUGCCACGACGGGAGCUGGCUCUAAAUCUUUUCUGUUCAGUAACCGUGACAAGUCCUGUCAGUGUUCUUCUCAGGAAUUGGGGAAGUAUAAAGGCAUGGUUGAGGACUGCUGUUGUGAUUAUGAGACAGUAGACAGUGUUAAUGCGGAGGUGUUGCACCCUAUGCUACAAGAACUUGUUAAAACUCCCUUUUUCCGAUACUUUAAGGUUAAGUUGUGGUGUGAUUGCCCCUUCUGGCCUGAUGAUGGAAUGUGCCGGUUGCGUGAUUGCAGUAUCUGUGAAUGCCCAGAAAGUGAAUUCCCAGAACCUUUUAAGAAGCCAUUUCUCAAUGGUCUCCCUUCAGAUGAUGUGAUGUGUCAAGAGGGAAAGCCUGAGGCAGCUGUUGAUCGCACACUAGACAAUAGAGCUUUCAGAGGUUGGAUAGAAACAGAUAACCCGUGGACACAUGAUGAUGAGACUGAUAAUGGUGGGAUGACAUACGUAAAUCUUCUCCUAAAUCCUGAACGUUACACUGGUUAUGCUGGUCCAUCAGCCAGGAGGAUAUGGGAUGCUGUUUAUACAGAAAAUUGUCCAAAAUAUUCAUUGGGAGAGACAUGCCAGGAGAAAAAGGUUUUCUACAAAUUAAUAUCCGGUCUUCACUCUUCCAUUUCAAUCCACCUAGCUGUGGAUUAUCUUCUUGAUGAAGCUACCAAUCUUUGGGGUCAGAAUCUGGAGUUGAUGUACGAUCGUGUUUUAAAAUAUCCAGAUCGUGUAAGAAACUUGUAUUUCACAUUCCUUUUUGUACUGCGAGCAGUGACUAAAGCAGCAGAUUACUUGGAGCAGGCUGAGUAUGAUACUGGUAACCCUAUAGAGGACCUGAAAACACAAUCUUUAAUGAAGCAGCUACUUUACCAUCCCAAACUCCAAGCUGCGUGUCCUGUUCCAUUUGAUGAAGCUAAACUUUGGCAAGGACAAAGUGGACCCGAACUGAAGUUGCAGAUUCAAAAGCAAUUCAGGAACAUUAGUGCAUUGAUGGAUUGUGUUGGCUGUGAGAAAUGUAGACUUUGGGGAAAACUUCAGGUUCUUGGCCUUGGCACUGCCUUGAAGAUCCUAUUUUCUGUUGACGGUCAUAAUCACCAAGCCCAACAUCUCCUGUUGCAACGAAAUGAAGUGAUUGCUUUGGUAAAUCUGCUCAAUCGACUCUCUGAAUCUGUCAAAACUGUGCAAGAAAUGGCGCCAUCAAUCGAGAGAAUAAUGGAAAAACAAAAACCCCCUUCUACACCUGAAUGGCCAAGAAUAGGGGAAUCAGUAUUUCGGCUUUGAUAGCGAAUCUGUUUACUCUGCAUAUCUGUCAAUAGCGGCAUCCUAACAUUUUUGAGAAGCUAAGUUAGUCACUCAUAUGUAUUACAGCCAUUAAAGAGCUGUAGAUCAGAUUUCAGAAACCAGUUGUUUUUGGAGGUGAUACAAAUGUACACAUGCAUACAGAGUUAAAAGGGUCUAGAGCAAAUAGUAAUAUGUUAGAUCAAAAAAAAAAAAAAGGAAUCAAAGAUGUUUCAAGAAUGUUGGUGUUGAGUGUCUUUUAUCCUUUUUUUAAUUAUAAUAAAAUCAACAUUAUCAAAAUAGUUUCCCAUGAUUAA